AGGCGGCCCCGGCGCGGCGCUGACUCCUCCGGGCCGCUCACAGCACUGUGGAGCCGCCGCGGCCCCUCCGGCCCGCCCGCCCCGCGCGCCUUUAAAGGGGCAGCGCCCGCCAUGCCGAACUUCUGCGCCGCGCCCAACUGCACCCGCAAGAGCACCCAGUCCGACCUGGCCUUCUUCCGCUUCCCGCGGGACCCGGCCAGGUGCCAGAGAUGGGUAGAGAACUGUCGAAGGGCAGACUUAGAAGACAAAACUCCAGAUCAGCUCAACAAACAUUACAGACUGUGUGCUAAACAUUUUGAGACUUCUAUGAUAUGCAGAAGUAGCCCCUACAGAACGGUUCUACGGGAUAAUGCUGUGCCAACCAUAUUUGAUCUUACGAGUCACCUGAACAAACCCCACAGCAGGUACAGGAAAAGGAUAAAAGAGCUGAGUGAAGAUGAAAUAAGAACACUGAAGCAGCAAAAGAUUGAUGAAGCUUUUGAACAGCAACAGGGAACUCAAGAAUGCAACGAAAGCAAUGCCCAAAAUGCUGUCUCAGAGGAAGGAGGGCAAGGACAGGAAGAAGAGGCUGUUCCCUUGACACUGGAGGAGAGAGAAAACAAGGAUUACCUUAAAUCACUGUUUGAAAUCUUGAUCCUAAUGGGGAAACAAAAUAUCCCUUUGGAUGGCCAUACUGUUGAUGAGCUUCCAGAAGGUAUUUUUGCCUCAGACAACUUUCAGGCUCUGCUGGAAUACAGGAUAAAUGGUGGUGAUGAGGUUCUGAGGAAGCGAUUUGAGAUGACUGCGGUCAAUGUCGAGUACUGUUCGAAAACCCAGCAGAAACAAAUGCUUGAGAUCUGUGAGAACUGUGUCAGAGAGGAGACACUGAGGGAGGUCAGAGACUCUCACUUCUUCUCCAUUGUCACGGAUGACGUAGUAGACAUAGCAGGAGAGGAGCAUUUGCCAGUGUUGGUGAGGUUUGUGGAUGAUUCUCACAACCUGAGAGAAGAAUUCAUAGGGUUUUUGCCGUACGAGGCUGAUCCCGAAAUGUUGGCCGUUAAAUUCCACGCAACUAUUACUGAGAAGUGGGGUCUAAACAUGGAGUACUGUCGGGGUCAAGCCUACAUUGUCUCCAGUGGGUUUGCUUCUAAAAUGAAAGUGGUGGCUACAAGACUCUUGGAGAAGUAUCCCCAGGCUGUGUAUACGCUGUGUUCCUCGUGUGCCUUAAAUGUCUGGCUGGCAAAAUCUGUUCCCGUGGUGGGUGUUUCCAUUGCACUGGGAACAAUGGAAGAAGUUUGCCGUCUCUUUAACCAGUCUCCACAAUUACUGGUAGAACUGGACAACACCAUUUCUGCUCUCUUUCAGGACAAUGAGGAGAAGGGCAACGAGCUGAAGCAGAUCUGCCGCUCCCAGUGGACAGGCAGGCACGAUACCUUUGAGGUGCUGGUGGACCUCAUGCAGGCCCUGGUGCUGUGCUUGGAUGCCGUGAGCAGUGACACGACUGUCAGGUGGAACAACUUCAUUGCUGGCCGAGCGUUUGUGCUGUCCAGUGCGCUGACAGACUUUGACUUCAUUGUCACCAUUGUAAUUAUGAAAAACCUUCUGUCUUUCACAAGAGCGUUCGGGAGAAACCUCCAAGGGCAGACAUCAGAUGUGUUCUUUGCAGCUGGCAGCUUAACAGCGGUGUUGCACUCCCUGAAUGAGGUGAUGGAGCACAUUGAAGUUUACCAUGAAUUUUGGUUCGAGGAAGCAACAAAUUUGGCUACAAAACUGGAUGUACAGAUUAAGCUCCCGGGAAAAUUCCGCCGGGCACAACAGGGGGACUUUGACCCCGAUAUAACGUCAGAAAACUACUACAAAGAAAUCCUGAGUGUCCCCACAUUAGAGCAUAUUAUUCAAGAGCUAAAAGAUAUAUUCUCAGAACAACAUCUGAAAGCUCUAAAGUGUCUAUCUUUAGUGCCCUCAGUCAUGGGGCAGCUCAAAUUCAACACGUCGGAGGAGCACCACGCCGACAUGUUCAAAAAUGACUUGCCUAAUCCAGACACGCUGUCUGCUGAGCUGCACUGCUGGAGAAUCAAGUGGAAGCACAGAGGGAAAGACAUUGAACUUCCAGCUACUAUUUACGAAGCACUUCACUUGCCUGACAUAAAGUUUUUCCCCAAUGUUUAUGCACUGCUUAAGGUCUUGUGCAUACUUCCACUGAUGAAGGUGGAGAAUGAAAAAUACGGCAUAGGACGGAAGCGCCUAAAGGCCUACCUGAAAAACACCUUGACAGAGCACAGGUCCAGCAACCUGGCCUUGCUGAACAUAAACUUUGACAUAAAACACGACUUAGAUUUGAUGGUGGACACCUACAUUAAACUCUAUCCAGAUAAAGUAGAAUUUCACCAAGACGGUAUUCCCCCCAACAGUUCUGAAGUAACAGAAAAUGCUUAAUUUUUUAAGCUCUAACCAAUCUGUUGAAACAGCUUGUUCUUAAUUUAAGUUUCAAAGCUGGGGAAAAAAAAAUGUGAAAUAUUAAAAACAUCACUGCAAUUGUGUUUCCAUUUUAGGCCUCGGACUAAAGAAACUGUGGUCAGUGACCUAGAUUAUGUGUUGUUAGUCCGCACUAAAUGUGUUUGGCAAACAAAAUCAAGCCUGAAAAUAAGCCCAUGCUCUUGGCAGAGGGGCUUCCUACACCUGACUGACUUACCCAGGUGCUCCUUUACUUCAUUGCAUCUUGGGAAAGGUACUUUAUGAUUGUAGGUCUGAUGGGGCUGUUACAUACUCACUGAUGAAUUAGGAUAAGGAAAAAAAAACCCAAAAGGUUCAAAGGAGUAUAAUCCAUUUCAGUUCCGUUACUUAGGAUUUUAUUCUUUUUUGAAAACUUUUCUUUUCGAAGGGGUCUUUGGUGUGUAUUUAAGUGGCAUUUGGGAGGGUGGCUCAGGUGUUGCACGAGCCCCGGGCGGGGCGGUUCUGGUGUGAGUGAAUGUCGGUGACACAGGGGUACCUUUAGGGUUUCCUUGGCGGAGUCGUCCUCUUUAAUCCCUCAGUGACUGUUUACAUUCCUUUGUGUGAGACACAGACCGUUCAUUUCUUUAGGCUUUUAACAGGCAUGGCAGGAGUAUUGGAAUUCCUAAGAGACACUAAAAACCGUAUUCCACAAACAUCUACAUCUGUUUGCUCCCUCCUGACUCUGACACAGGCCCAUGCAUCCUGUUGUAUGUUUAUUUGUAAACUCGCCCAGGAAAGAUUAAAAUAAGGGUUUGUCGUUGUCUAGAAGUAAGAUUGAAAAUAUUUGCUGUUAUUUUUGGCAAGAAUGAAACAUUUUUGUACAGUUUAUUGCAAUUUAAAAUAAAAUGUGAAUUGCUUUGUA